AUGUGCGUUGUGGCUGAACAACAUCCAGUGACUGGCUUUAUGUCGGAUCACCCACUCGGCAGUAUGAAUAAUAGGGUGUCACCGCAACGGCGGAGGGAAGAAACUUUUCCUGUCCGGUCUGCGUUACCUUCAAGAGAACCAUCCAAGGAGGACAUCGAGCUUGCUCAGCACUUAAUCGGACAUGCGCAAGGAACAACAAAACGGGACGAGAAUGAGCAUAGUACUUCCAAUAGCCCAUCACCAAAUAACGAAACUAAUAGUCCGGGUUCGUCAAGUCCUUCCAUGGACCGGCUGCGCCAAGUCACACCUCGGUCAAACUCUUUAGAACGACAUGAACGAGAACUUUCUCAAUCUUACCCACCUGUCUCGUCACAAUCAGACGCUGUUCCCAAUGGACAGGUCUGCAGUAAUUGCGGAACUAGCAGGACACCGUUGUGGCGUAGAUCUCCGCAAGGAGCUACCAUCUGCAAUGCAUGCGGACUUUACUUAAAAGCUCGCAAUGCUUCCCGGCCGACUAAUCUAAAGCGACCACCACCAAUAUUAGCCACUCCCUCGGCCCAACGAUCUCCAGAACCAAGAGGGUCACCCGCGAGAGCAGGACCAAGCAAUCAAGCCUCGGCAGGAUCCACCUACGUAGCAGCAGAUCAAACCACUGUAGGAUCAUGCCCAGGAGGAGGCAAGUGCAAUGGUACUGGCGGAGCUCAAGGUUGUAGUGGUUGCCCUGCUUUCAACAAUAGGGUAUCCAAAAGCGCGCAUUUUACAAUGUCUCAGGACAGGCACUCGAGCAGUGCAGCCCAACCACAAGACGAGCAGCCCAUCGACGCACCUUCACCUGUCGAUGUAGCUGCUCUUAAUUUACAAGCGCAAAAUACAACAGUUGUUGUGGCCUGCCAAAACUGUGGAACGACAAUUACUCCGUUAUGGCGAAGGGAUGAAAGCGGACAUACGAUAUGUAAUGCUUGUGGGCUGUAUUAUAAGUUGCACGGCGUUCACCGUCCUGUGACAAUGAAGAAGUCGGUUAUAAAGCGUCGGAAACGUGUUGUACCAGCCGUUCAAGGGACUCAAGCAUCUCUUAUCGAUGCAAAUUCUGCGGGUUCCCCUGAGUCUGACAGAAGAUCCCCAGAUAGCCCAGAUCUCCGCGGAAGCACCAACCCUGACGGUUCAAUAAAUCUAGGCUUCAUGCGGGAACAUCGAAAUCAGCUUCCCCAACCAACCCCCAUCCGUAGUAAAAAUGGCCAACAGAUGCCAUCCUCGGACCUCACUGCCUAUGCAUCAACGUCGAAUCAAGGCUACACACAUGAAAACCUUGAAUCGUUAAAUAACGAUAACAGAUUACCGCCGAUGACAUCCUACCCAUCUCCCACGCAAGUUCGCCCUUCACUAUCACCCAAUCCCUUCCUCUCUCCCUCCCGAAAACGUUCCUUCUCCACCACCGAAAUCGAUCCACAACACCAAUCCCAACCAUCUAUCAAUCCUUCAGAACCCAAUCGUCUCUCCUCCAUAAAAUCCAUCCUCAACCCAGGCAGCGCAGAGUAUCCUGAUCCGGAAUCCCGCAUAUCCGUUCAGUAUCCGCCAGUCAACAGUCCAGCUAUGAGUAGUUUUGCGACGAGUCCCGCGAGCAGUGCGCAGAGUGAAAACGAUAGGGCCAAGGUUGAGAGGAGGGAGAUGUUGCAGAGAGAAGCGGAGAGGAUGAGGGAAGCGCUGAAGGCGAAGGAGAGGGAGUUGGCGGAGUUGGGGAUUGGGGAGUGA